AUGGUCCAAACUGAAAUGGAGAAAAGUAAGCCACUUGUUGCCAUUUUCGGCGCUGGAAUGAUGGGAAGUGGUAUUGCUCAAGUAUGCAUUCAAGCUGGUUAUCCUGUUAAUUUGUACGGAAGAAGCGAGAAAAAACUUCUAGAAGCUCGUGAGACAAUAAAGAAGAACUUGAUUCGUGUGGCCGGAAAGAAGAAGGUUGAUAUUCCAAUGGAGCCAGAGGCAUUGGAACAGAUUGCUUUAAUGCAGUUGGAAUUACUCCAAAUUCAUACUGAUAUUCCCUCUGCUGUCGAAGAUGCCUCCAUGGCUAUUGAAGCCGUCGCUGAAAACUUGGAUCUCAAGCUGGACAUUUUCCAGACUAUUCAAAAGACUUGCCCAGAACACUGCAUGCUGAUCACCAACACUUCUUCUCUGAAACUCUCCCAAAUGCUUCCAGUCAUCAAGAAUCCAUCUCUCUUCGCUGGUCUUCAUUUCUUCAAUCCAGUCCCUGUCAUGAAACUUGUUGAAGUGGUUUCUACUGACGAGACCUCCCAAGAUACUACUGAUUUCUUGUUCAAUUUCUGCAAAGAAAUCAAGAAAUUACCCGUCGCUGCCAAGGAUACUCCUGGAUUCAUUGUCAACAGACUUUUGAUUCCAUACCUGAUGGACUCGAUUCGUAUGUUGGAACGUGGAGAUGCCACUAAAGAAGACAUCGACACUGCCAUGAGAUUUGGAACUUCCUAUCCAAUGGGACCAAUCGAAUUGUGUGAUUACGUUGGAUUGGAUGUGCUUCAAAGUACUUUGAAAAUCUUCCGUGAAACAGUUCCCGGAGAUGCUCGUUUUGCUCCAAUUCAACUUUUGGACAAGCUUGUUUCUGAAGGAAAGUUGGGAAGAAAAACGAAACAAGGAUUCUACACUUAUUAG